AUGAGUAAAGCUUAUAACUAUCCGCUGGAGAAAAACAUUGAAUUUGAAGACGAAGACGCUGACGUGGAUGAAGACGCUGUCGUUUGGAACUGCCUUUGCCGGAAGCACUCCAGUGAUAUCGUAGGCGGCGCGUUGGACGACGGUGACGAUGACGCUUUAACACCCGAAUCGUUCGGUGACUCUGGUCAUCAUCAUCAUCACAUAUUCCCAUUUAUUAAUUAA